AUUCAAAUUAAUAAUUAGAUUUGAAAAUCUUUCCAUUAAAAUUCGAGAGAAAGAAAGACAGAAUGGAGGAGAAUUAUGACAUCCCAUUCCCAUUCGCUUAAUAAAGCGAGUUCCAAACCCUAAGCUUUGAGCUUUCCUUCUUCUUCUCUCCUUCCUUGUCACUUAGCUACCUACCUAUUAUGUCAUCUUUUAAUCUCUCGAGCUUUAAUUAGUCGUUUACUCUCUUCGCUUCCGGUGGAAAAGUCUGAGAUCGACACCGAAAAAAGUUUCCGCGGUAUUCCACUUUUUCUUAGUAAAGGUCGUCAGUGAUAAUAGUGGGCGAAAUAAUUUUGAAUUUUUUUUGACAUUCUGAUGUUUUAUUUGCUAUCAUUGUAUCAAUCUACGGUGAAUUUUUCAUCUAGGCCUCCGUUUCUGUACUCAAUUUCCGAUACCUUUCUUCCUUCCAAUGUUUAUUUUAUAUGUUGCUUUAAUUGCCUAAGAUUUCGCCUCAAAAUUUGACAUUUAAUUUUAAUUUCACUGGUUCCGACUCGAGUUUGAAACACUGUAGUAGCAAGAUUGACUCUUUUUAUUUUUCGGUUCUGAAAGAGCUGAAAGAUUGAUCAUUUUUUUUUAAACCUUCAACAAUGGCGGAACGGUAUAGGCCGGUUUUGAUAGAGGAAUUGCCAUCACAUUUGAUUUUGGAAAUUUUGAGCUCUGGGAGGCUCAGCGCAGUUGAUCUUGCAUGCUUAGAGUUGACUUCCAGGACCUUUGGAGGCAGUCACGGAUUAUACCCUCAUAAAUUUCGGUCAUUGGUGGAUUUUGCUGCAUUUCAGCUAUGUAUCUCCAAUUCUACAUAUUCUCGUCUGGGAGUGAAUCUUCAGAGGGAACUAUGUGAUCGUUGCGGUGGGAAUUGGAAACGGGUUCUAAGGUUCUUGCAAUCUGUGGAGCAAUCUUCUGACAUAGUCGAGACCUCAGCAGGCAAUAUGCAGAUUACCACAGGAAAGUAUCACACAUUCCUGAUCAGCAAUUCGUCAGUGUACUCAUGUGGGUCUGGCUUGUGCGGUCUUCUCGGUCACGGAUCCGAAACUACGCAAUGUGUAACAUUUACUCGGAUCAGCUUUCCAUCUAAAGCACACGUGGUCCAAGUCUCAGCCUCCCACAAUCAUGCUGCUUUUAUCAUGCAAUCUGGAGAGGUGUACACAUGUGGGGACAAUUCAUCAUUUUGCUGUGGACACAAAGAUACAAACCGCCCCAUUUCUAGGCCUAGGCUUGUUGAGGCAUUGAAAGGAGUUCCUUGCAAGCAGGUUGCUGCAGGUCUUAAUUUUACAGUAUUUCUCACAACGCAAGGUCAUGUUUAUUCAUGUGGAACUAACACACAUGGCCAACUUGGUCAUGGUGACACAAUGGAUAGACCGACACCUAAACUCAUUGAACUGCUCAAGGGAGUUGGCUCUGUUGUUCAAAUUGCUGCUGGUCUGAGCUAUGUGUUAGCUGUAACAGACGAUGGAACGGUCUAUUCUUUCGGGUCAGGUUCAAAUUUCUGCCUUGGUCAUGGCGAGCAACAUGCUGAGUUCCAACCACGGAUAAUUCAGACAUUUAGGAGAAAGGGCAUUCAUGUGGUUCGAGUGUCAGCUGGUGAUGAACACGCCGUGGCCCUUGAUUCCAGUGGAUACGUAUAUACUUGGGGAAAAGGCUACUGUGGUGCAUUGGGCCAUGGAGAUGAGAUUGACAAGACUACACCAGAACUCUUAAACAUCCUCAAAAACAAUGUUGCUGUGCAGGUCUGUGCACGAAAGAGGAAAACCUUUGUUCUAAUUGAUUCUGGCUCAGUGUAUGGUUUUGGUUGGAUGAGUUUUGGUAGUCUUGGGUUUCCUGACAGGGGAGCGUCUGAUAAAGUAAUGAGGCCUCAAAUUCUUGAUUGUUUAAGAGACCACCACGUUUCUCAAAUUAGCACUGGGCUGUACCACACUGUUGCAGUCACGAAUCGAGGACGAAUCUUUGGAUUUGGAGACAACGAAAGGGCACAGCUCGGGCAUGACACUUUGAGAGGGUGCCUUAGACCAACCGAAAUUUUUGUAGAAGAAAUGGCUGAUGAAUUGAAUCCUCUACCAGGCAGUGUGUAAACCUCCGGAUCUUACCAUUGGCGGUUUUGGUCAUUAGUGUUAAGAGUAUAUGUCCAAAGCGAACAUAAUAAGAUUUUAUUCCCCAAUAUAAACGGAGUAUUAUAAAUUAGGGUACAUAACUGUUGUGUUUGAAGAGUUAAUUUAUGUGUAGCUUAUGAUAGUUUUUCUUUUUUAAUCUAUAUUUUGUGAUAUUAAUGAACUCUUCUUUAAAUGUAUUCUAUUCAAAAUAUUUAAUGCUUCAUAAUAUUGUUUCCUUUCAAAA